CCGCACAGCGCACAACGCUGCCCCGAGCUCCAAGCUGCCAGCUUUUUAUCAGAUCGUCAAUUUACGUGUGCUCGUGGCAUAAUUUUGAUAGUGUUUUUUUCUCAAAUAUCGCAUUUGAUUUGAUUUGACCGACGCGCGCGCAUAUAACGUGUUUGGUUUUUUUGUUUGGAACAAUUCGCAUUAAUUAAACGCACUGCAAAAGCACCCAAGAUGGCUGAUCUAUCGCCCGUGCAGGAAUAUUAUAAGGACAAGACCGUGUUCAUAACCGGUGCAUCCGGCUUCAUGGGCAAAGUGCUGCUGGAGAAGCUGCUCUAUUCAUGCCACUCGCUCAAGGAGGUGAUCAUCAUUUGCCGUCCCAAGCGCGGCAAGACACCCGAGGCGCGUCUCGACGAGAUGUUCAAGCUGCCCAUUUUCCAACGCAUCAAAGACGAACGGCCACACAUGCUGAAGAAGGUGACCAUCUACCAGGGCGAUGUGACCUACGAUUUGCUGGGCUUGAGCGGCGACAGUUUGAAGCAUGUGGUGGAGAACACGAACAUAGUGUUUCACAUGGCCGCCACUCUGAAGCUGGAGGGUAAUCUGCGGGACGCCAUUGACAUGAACCUUUUGGGCACGAAGCGUGCUCUGAACGUGGCCAAGGAUAUGAAACAAUUGGAGGCAUUUGUUCAUCUGUCGACGGCAUUUUGCAAUUGCGAUCAGGAGGUCAUGUAUGAAAAGGUCUAUGAGUUCCCACACAAGCCCGAGGAUCUGAUGCGUCUGGCCGAAUGGAUGGAUGUGAAAACAUUGGAUGCCAUUACGCCCGAUCUAUUGAAGCCCCACCCCAAUACCUAUACCUAUUCGAAGCGUCUCGCCGAGCUGCUGGUCCGCGACCAUUACGAAACGAUGCCGGUCAUCAUAGCCCGUCCCAGUAUCGUUUCACCGUCGGCCUAUGAGCCUGUGCCCGGCUGGGUGGAUAAUCUAAAUGGACCCACUGGCCUGAUGGUGGGCGCUGGCAAGGGCGUCAUUAGAUCUAUGCUCAUCGAUACUCGCCACAAAUCCGAGGCCAUACCGGUGGAUUAUGCAAUCAAUGGCCUUUGCGUCAUACCAUAUCAGUUUGCAAUGGAGCAGCGACCGGUGGAUGUGCCCGUUUAUAAUAUCACGUGCGCCGAUCAUCGCAAGAUGCAAUGGGGCGAGGUAAUUGAGUUGAGCAAAAAAAUUGGCUAUCAGUAUCCAAUGGAGGCGGGUCUCUGGUAUCCGGAUGGCUGCAUAACCACCAAUAGAUUCCAUCACAAUAUCAAUGUGCUGCUCUUCCAUUGGCUGCCCGCCUAUGUCAUCGAUUUUAUGCUCUUCAUUUUGGGCCAGAAGCGCUUUAUGAUACGUGUACAGAAUCGCAUCUCUGUCGGCUUGGAGGUGCUGCAGUUCUUCACCAUGCGCGCCUGGUACUUCAAGUCGGAUGCCUACGCCUCGCUCUGGAGUAUGCUGACCGAAGCGGACAAGAAAAACUUUAACAUGGACAUGGAUCCCGUCGAGACCAUACCCAUGUACAUUGAGUCCUGCGUGCAGGGCGGUCGUCAGUAUCUGAUGAAGGAGUCACCCGAUUCGCUGCCCCGUGCGCGUCGCCAGCUAAUGCUGAUGUAUCUGUUGGAUCGUGCGUGCAAGACGAUUAUCGUUGGUUUCCUGGGUUACUGGAUGUUCGGCUUGGUACACUCACAACAUUCACAGCAAUUCACUACUCACACACCUACUCACACACACAUACACAUAAAAACACACACACACACAUGCACACUUAAUUGGCUUUCGGUUAUCAUCCAGCUACAACAGUCAGCAAAUCAUCCUGGGCUACUUGUAUCGCCAGCUGCCUAUGAGCCGCUGCCUGGCUGGGUGGACAACCUGAAUGGACCCACUGGCCUGAUGAUUGGCUGUGGUAAGGGUGUCAUACGUUCGGUGCUGGUUAAUCAGGAGAACAAGGCUGAAGUCAUACCCGUUGACUAUGCAAUCAAUGGUCUCAUUGUCAUACCGUACGAAUUUAACAAGCAAGCCAAGCGACCCGCCGAAGUGCCCGUCUACAAUAUUACAAAUGCCGAGCACAGAAAGAUGCCUAUGGGCACUGUUGUGGAGUUGAGCAAGCGCAUCAAUAAGCAGGUGCCGUUCAAUGCGGGUCUCUGGUAUCCGGAACCGUGUGUCACAACCAAUGAGCUCUAUCACAAAUUCAAUGUGGCCAUGUUCCACUGGCUACCUGCGUAUCUAUUGGACUUUCUAAUGCUUGUUCUGGGACAGAAGCGUUUCAUGCUGCGCGUGCAGGAGAAGAUCUCAACUGGUCUGGGUGUACUACAGUUCUUUACGCUGAACGCUUGGAGCUUUACAUCUGAGAAUUACGCCUCCCUCUGGAAUAACCUAGGCGAGCAGGACAAGAGCAUCUUCAAUAUGAACAUGAAUGUCAAGGAAACUGAGGAGGAGUAUUUGAUAGUGUGUGCGCGUGGUGCACGUAAGUUUAUACUCAAGGAAAAGGAUGAGGAUAUACCCAAGGCGCAGCUGCACAUGCGCAUUCAAUGGGUUGUUGACAUCAUUUGCAAGACCCUCAUAGUUGGCUUCUUUGCCUAUUAUAUGCUGAAAUGGACGGGCGUGCUGGCAAUGUUUUGAAUCUCCGGGAUUCUUUAACUUUUGUGGUCACUGGAAUUUAUAUAGUCAAUAGCAUUUAGUUGUAGUUCAAUUUAGUUUAAAGGUUUUCCAAAUAAAUAUAUGCAUUUAGGUUUUUGUACUCAUCUCCAACAA